ACAAACGGGAUUCCCUCACGUGGACAGGAAGUUAAACCCUUAAUAGCCGCAGAGGAAUCACUCGCCUGAAAAAGAGUUUGUCACACACCAGUGAUGUUCAAAAGAACUGUCGGCUGCUCCUGAAAAUGUUUCACAGACUUUACAGAGCGUUCAGAGAUGCAAAGAUAAUGUGACGUCAACAUUAAUCGUGUCUUCAGUGAUACAACUUGAUUUGCCCUAGUUCAGUUGAGAAAUUACUCUGAGAAUGACUGUGGAAUCAGGGACAGGGGAAGAAGGGAAUGCACUUCAGUCCUGGAAUACUGACUUGGACAGCCAUGAUCGCAAGUUUGUCAAAGUUGUGGAUUUUGAAGAGGCUUUUCGGAAAAAGCCCGAAACUCCAACAGUACGAGAAAGGCUAAAGAGCUGGGCUGCUAAGAAAUGCACAAGCAGAACUUUUAAGAAAUCUGUUUCCAGAAAUCUGCCUUUUAUAAAGAUGUUUAAGAACUACAAAUUGAAGCAGGAUCUGCCAAGUGAUAUCGUUGCUGGUAUAACUGUCGGCAUAAUGAUGAUCCCACAGGGAAUGGCGUUCGGUAAGCUGUCGACGCUGACGCCGGUGGUGGGCCUCUACAUCUCCCUGUUUGCCCCCCUCACUUACUUCUUUGUGGGGACCGGCAGACAGGUGUCUAUGGGAUGUAUCGCAGUACUGAGUCUGAUGAUGGCGUCGAUCCUCGAGAAAUAUGACGCAUCUGUCGCGGCAUCAGGAGUUGGUGUAUCUUCUGUUGACAUCAAUCCUGACACACACUGUCCGGAAACAAAGGAGUUCUCUGACAGCGACAUGGCAAAGAGAAUCGAGGUUGCAGGAGCUGUUACCUUGGCAACUGGAUUGGUUACGAUGCUUGCUGGGAAGCUUGGGCUUGGGUUUGUCAUCAACUUCAUGUCCAACGCCCUCAUCACAGGCUUCACAGUGGGUGUGUCCAUACAUGUCUGUACCAGCCAAAUCAAAAAUAUAUUCGGACUCGGAUAUGGCAAAAUAGCCAGUGGCCCUGCCACACUGUCACCUUUCAACUACUCUGUGACAAAUAUGUCAGUGACAAAUACUUCACUCCUGAGAAUGUCUGGACUUAACCUGGACAACUGUACGACUUCUUCCAUGGCUGUAGACAGACAGGCUCAGUAUGCUGUGCUGACCAGGUUUAACGGGUCCUUUAAGAUUAUUCUGACUUGGGUUGACAUCUUGAAGCAUAUAACUGCCACCAAUGUUGCUACACUCAUCAUCAGUUUGCUGUGCAUGCUAAUCAUCUACCUCGUCAAGGCACAGAUAAAUGAGCGCUUCAAGGAUAAAAUGAAGAUCCCCAUUCCUAUUGAGUUGAUAGUUGUGAUCCUUGGAACAGUUGCCUCGUAUUUCCUGGAUCUGCAGGACACUUACAAUGUUCCUGUGGUGGGGACAAUACCAGGGGGGGUGCCUGUUCCACGAGUACCCAACAUAUUACUUGCGAAGGAUUACUUCUUUGAAGCCCUGAUCAUCAUCAUUGUAGCCUAUGCACAAACUAUAUCCAUGGCCAAAACACUAGGCAUGAAGAACAACUACAAGGUGGAUUCAAAUCAGGAGAUGUUUGCAACAGGAACUGCAAGCGUGGUUUGUGCAUUAUUUUCUGGCUACAUCACUGCAGCGUCUGUAUCUCGCAGCCUGGUGCAGGACGGUGCGGGUGGACGCACUCAGGUAACCUCCCUCGUAGCGUGUUCUGUGGUGUUGUUGGUGAUCAUGGUGUUGGGGCCGCACCUACACGCACUCCCCCUGUGUGUGCUGUCCUCCAUCAUCAUAGUCAAUCUACGAGGGAUGUUCAUGAAGCUCUUCCAGCUCAGGGAUCUGUGGAGGAAAUCUCACUAUGACUGUAUUGUGUGGGUGUUCACCUUCUGUGCCUCUGUGAUCCUCGAUGCCGACAAAGGCCUGAUGAUCGGCUUCCUUGUGUGCACCUUGAUGGUGGUGGUCAGAACCCAGAGGUCAACAUCUGUUGCUGUGGGCACCGUCGGUUCCAGUGAGGAAUACCGUUCUCUCGGGCAGUACAGAGACGUCAAAGAGAUGGCUGGUGUCCGAGUGAUCCGUAUGGAUUCGCCGCUGUAUUUCGCCAAUGCAGACAUUUUCAAGAAGAAGGUGUACAAGUUGUCAGGACUGAAUCCCCUGAAGCUGCGGAAGAAGACGAAGGAGAUGGUGGUGGAUAAGGAGGAGGAGACCAAUCAUGUGGGCAACAACUGCAGGGAGCGGCCUACAAGCGGAGAAGGGGAUGUUGCUACGUAUGCUGCCAAUAAUGGUGAUGGCGCUCCAGACACUGCCAUCUACCUGUUGCCAGGCAACAAAGACUUAAAGUCUACACUACACCAUAUUGUCAUUGACAUGACUGGUGUGACAUUUGUUGAUAUCAUGGGGGUUACAGCUAUACAACAGAUUAUAACAGAGUUUGACUCUAUACAUGUUGAAGUUCUUCUAGCAGAAGUGAGAGAGGCGAAUCUAGGGCUGCUGGAAUCUACAGGCUUCAUGAAGAAGUUCGGAGAUCUAUUGUACCUCACCUGUGACGAUGCCGUGCAUCAGGCCGUGACCUCACCACGACCAGCCCGGGACAUCGUGUGACACAUGGGACUCACCGGGAUACAUGAGGACUCACCAGGAUACAUGAGGAUUCACCAGAGUACAUCCAUCAGCCAAUCAGGGUGUUGUUGUUUGUAGUUGCUAUGGUUACAGUGGUUUAUAGUUACCAUGGUUACUGCAUAGGUUUACAGAGUUCUUAUUUUGGGAUCAAAUGGACAUACAAAUAGUACAAGAUGUAUACAAUGUAUACAGUAUUUUUAGAAAAUUCUAACUGGUUCUUUGUUUUAUAUAAUGGGGCAUUGUUUUAGUUUCCAGGUUUUCAGCCCGGGACGUAGUGCGUUACCUCCACCGGAUUGGGAGUACUGUUAGAUUUGUUCACAGCAAUGUAUUCAAUAUUACCAACCAAAUAAGAUAUUUAUGUUUUAUUUUGUUCUAUUUGUUGUGUUUGUUGUGUUUGUUGUGUUUGUUGUGUUUAGUAUUAUUGACUGAUGUGUUUAAUCUGAGGCUGUGUGAAUUCCAUAUCGGAUGACUCAAGUAUAUUUUAACAUUGUAUUGAUAGUCAGUAUGGACCAUCAAUUCUUUUUCUUGACUUUCAGACAAGCUUACUGUAAAGCAAUAUCUAUAAUUAAAUAUAAAUAUUAAAUAAAUAAUAUAAUAAUAUAUAAUAGUAUAAUAUAAAAAAUAAUUUUUUGCAUCCAGGUUUUUAAAUUUUUGCUAAAAAUUUCAUUUUCAUUUCAAGAGUUGCAUUGAAAAAACUGACAUAAAACAUUUUAUUCUUAUUUGGAUUGUUGACCUGCAUUUUGGCAGAUUGACAAAGAUAAUCGUGGAACCAAGAAUUUAAUUGCUCUGGCUUUAUCAUUAUAUCAAUACAGUAGAUCAUUUGUUCUCUGUGGGAGAAAGUUCUACAAUUACCAAUGCCACAUGUGCCAUGGAUCAAGGGGUUAUUAUUCCAGUCUUAGCUUUCUACUUCUUAAGGGAGCUGUACACUUCAUUGUCACUUCAUAUCAUAUGGUCAUAUUUGCUACUACUUUGCGAAAACCAUGUCCUCUGUUUUUUAGUUAAGUAUUUCUGUUCUGAUGACAUAUAAAUACAGUUGUAAAUUAAUAUGCAACAGAGUAAUAUUUGGUUGUAAUAUGAUGUACAUAUCUCCGCGAAUCAUUGACGGUUAUUAUCAUGAGGCCAAAAAAUAUAUAUAUGUGUGUUUCAGCUUUCCGCACCCUCAUCUGUAGUCCCUGAUUCUUACCAGCUGUCAUCAGCAUCCUGGGGUUGUCCAUUUUUUAUUCCACCAGAGUAACUUGGUCAACUUCUGUCAUUAUCGUAACUAGUUAGGUAUUUACUGAGAAAUUGCAUUGCAUUUCUUCAAGGGAAAACAAAACAAGAAUAAAAUCUGACAAAAAGCCAACCUACCUACCCUUUUUUGGAUGGGCUGAAAUACAUGCUUGUGUUUUGGCCUGAUGUCAGGUCUGUCUACAUACUGCCAAGACCGUAACUAGUCAGUGAGAAAACAGGAAGCGUAGCAUUUGUAUGGCACUGAAUUGGGUUGGUGAUCAAGUUUGAUCUUUGAUAUCACCAGAAGCAAUAUCCAUGUUCAUUGUAAGUGGGUUGGACUGUGCUGUAAUUUGAUUUGCCACUGUAAAAAAAAGAGUACCUAUCUGCUAAGAAUUUUUAUUUUGUCUCUAUCCCAAAUUUGAAAAAAAACUGAGUCAUUUGGCUUAAGGAAAGGUCUUUCAGUCCUUGUUUGUACAGUUUCUUCGAGUCCAGGGACUGCCACCAUGGUCUAGUGGUUGAGCAUCUGCCUAGAGAGUGGAAAGUUCAGGGUUCGAUCCCCAGCUGGUUCAUACCAAAAGACGUUAAAAGAUAGUACUUGUUGUUACCCUGCCUGGCGUUCGGUAUUUAGGGGCUAAAACAAGUACUGGUCGGCUCGGAGUCAGUAUACUGUGUCUGAGUGGGUAUUCAUGUUAUACAUGUUGAACUGCGUCAUGGUAUCUCAGUGAGCUGGCAGUAUAAAAUCGGCAUGAGUCCUGACCAGUACACACACGCACUCACGCACACUGUUCAACCUCAUUUCACCGCACCUCACGUCAUCCAGUUCAGGCUUCAGGCAAGAGAACUUGUUGUGAUCAGGCUGUUGGCAUCAUGCAUUAUAACUGAUUAUGUAUUUAGUGAUGACAUAAAGUAUUCAUCUGAACAAACAGAACUGAUAUCUCACUCAGGUUACAGAACACUUUAUUCAAGAGCUAUUUUCGGUUUGCUUCAAUGAUAAUGGUUUUCUUAGUAAGAUCGUAAAGAUCAGUAAAUUGAAUACAUUAUAUACAGAACAUUUGUCCUUGUCAAAUAAUAUGUUUAUCCCAUCUCAUGCGUCAGUCAUGAAAAUAUCAAUUUUGUCAAGUCACUUGAUGAGAUAAACAUGUUAUUUGGCAAAAAAUGUCAAAUAUUUAUAUAUUGACAAUAUUUGUUUAUUUUCAGCAUAAGCUGUACAUAUGAUCAUGAUUUAUGUUUUACUAUAAAAUACCCAAAUGCAUUUCUGCACAUCAUGUUAAAGAGGUUGUGUCAGUUGUUACUGAAAGAUGUAUGCUAUCUGUUAACCAUGUUUCUAGAUACAGUACUGUUCAAAACUAACAUUCCCUUGAUUGCAUUCAUGUGACCCUUGGAUUGGGAUCGGUACCCUCCCACUUUGUCUUAAUAUGUUCAGAUUGAGGGGGAGUUAGUUUGACAAAGUAGUGUAUCGUGGUAAUUGCUUGUGACCAGGUGUGUAGUCAUCUGUAGGAUGGAAGAUCUCAUUUUCCCGAGUAUGUGAUGUCAUGGAGGAUACGGACAACAGUAGUACAUGUGUUUUAUGAUUGUUAAGCCUGGUCCCUGAACAAGGACAGUUAAAAACAAUUCCUGUGUCUCAUGACUUCUGAAAACUAAAUGGGUAGGAAUGAUAGAUUAUAUUUUUUUAUUUCUUAGAUUAAAUCCAAUUCUAUAAACAUAACCUUGAUUCUAAUGUACAAUGUGACCUCUCUUGGCCACACCCCUUGUGAGUGAGUGAGUGAGUAUGUUUUUUUUACGCCACAUUAAGCAAUACUCCAGCAAGAUCACGGCGGGGGACACAAGAAAUGGGUUUCACACAUUGUUCCCAUGUUGGAAUUUGAACCCAGGUCUUCAGCGUGACGGGCGAACGCUUUAACCACUAGGCUACCCGACCGCCCCUCACACUCCUGUUGACUUGAAUCAUGGUGAUGUGGCCGAAGUCAUGGUGACCACAGUAAGGUUCCCAUGACAACCUGGAACAAUUCUGACUGGCAUGGUGUGAGAUUUAUAUCUGAAUCUGAGGCGAAAAUGAUAAUUGAGUUGCUAGUCAUUUUUUAACAGUGCUUAAAAAUAUUUAAUGAAGUUGGGGGUAGGUGAAUCAUGAGAAGCAGGAAACUAGUUUUAAGAAAAUUUCAUUUUUUGAGCACGGUACCACAUGUUUUGUACCAUUGUGACCCUGUGUUAAUGUUUUCAGGACCAGAGUAAUAGGUACCUAUGUUUUAAUUAGGGUAACCUGAAUUAUUAAUUAUCCUACAAAACUGAUAAAUUUAUCAUGUCUAUAGAUGGAAAUGAAAUAUCUACAUUAUUUUAUCUAUAUCUAACUUAAAAAAGAACACAUGUUAUUUAAUCUUCAAAACACAUGGAGGGAUAUUUUACAAAGGCUGCCUCAAAUAUGGUACUGGUAUGUGUUAUUCAGAAUUGUGAUCUUUGUCACAAUAUUUUUUAAUUCAUGGUAAUAUGCUUUAAUGGUGGAAAUGAACAUGACAGAGCCACUAUGUUUUUAACAUCUAAAAACCAGACCAAUUUUGUCUUAAUAUUUUCAACAUUAAGAUAUGCAUUUGAGGAAAAGACAUUUUGACUGGUCCAUUUUAAAUACAUAAUUCAAUUUUAUUUUUGUUUUCUUGUUAACACAGAGAGAGAGAGAGAGAGAGAUUUUAUGUGCACUUCAUGCGUAUUUCACACAUAGAUGCUGCUGUUAUGAUAUUAAAAUGUUUUAAGCUUGUUUUCAUGUUAUCUUAAGGGAUAGCCCAGUGGUGAGUGUGUUAGCCAAGUAACAGAUGAACCUGGUUUGAAUCUAAUACAUGUUUACAGAAUGUGAAGCCACUGUGAUAAUGUUGCCUGCCAUCUGUUCAUGGUCAUAAAUAGUCAUCUGAGUCAUAGCAUCCUGGCUUGCGGAGUUGUGUCCCUUAGCUACUGGAUCUGUUUUUCUUGGUUCAAAUCCCUGAUCAUAACACAUUGUUUGUCAGCACCAUAACCAUAUCUGGGUUUCACUAAAGUGGCAAAAUUCUACCACCACUGACACCUAUUUUUUUCUUCUCUCCUUAAUCUGACAUGUUGUGAUAUGUAAUUAUAAUAUUCAAAGGAAGUUAAGGACCAUGUGAUUCUUUUAUAUUACUAUAGUUUAUUACUUGACCAUGAAGAGAUCACCCAUUUAAUAAACAUACAGCUGUAGUACACAUUGUGUAAUACCACUUGCUUAUGUACUC